AAAACCUUAGACGCUGACGAUAGACAUUGAGAGAGAGACGAACCAAAGAAAUGUGGAAGUUCGUCGGAAGAAUCGCCGCCGGGAAUGUCAAAUUGAAUCGGAGGUCUUCGAUUCUAAAUGAUACCGUUUGUCAUUUCUCACCGCCGACUUCAGCCGCCGUGGGAACACUUUCCCCGAGUUUAGAUCACGUCCAUCGCAGCUUUUCAUCUUCGAAGAGCACGAAAUCUUCAAUCACCAAGACGAAGAAAUCUGAAGGCAAAAAAUCCAAACCUAAAGGCGGCGAUCCUGGUGCUGCCGGAGCCGAGGACGGGGAGUUUGGCGCCGCCGGUGGUGAUGACCUCGAAGCGGGUCGCGCCAAGAGACUAGCUGAUGAUGAGAAGAUUCCGUCUUUAGAUGUUGGUCCUAAUGGAAGGCCUCUCUUUACUCCUAAAGAUACUACACUAUCGCAGCUAUCUCACAAGGACAUUGGCUCCUACUUCAAAUUCGAUGAGGCAGCACUGAAAGCAGUUCUUCCGGAGGGAUUAGCGUCAGGGAUUGAAGAUGAGUUCAAUGAAUCAUGGAGACCUGCAUUGCUUGUGAGAAAAAGUUUCUUGGCUCUGAGAGAUAAUUUUAGUCGCAUUGCUGAUCCUCCCAUGUGGCCAAGUGACGGUAAAGGUGUCAAACUUAAGAAACAGAUUGUUUUGGAUGGCCCUGUUAAGUGUGGAAAGAGUAUUGCUCUGGCGAUGCUUGUUCACUGGGCACGUGACGAAGGCUGGCUAGUUUUAUAUGCACCAAAAGGACGUGACUGGACUCACGGAGGCUACUUCUAUAAGAAUCCACAUACAGGGUUUUGGGACACUCCUCUACAAGCUGAGAAUAUUCUCAAGGCAAGAUUUCACAUGCCUCCUCUUUGGGAAUGGAAUUCUUCCUAUUUAAGAGCAUUUCUUAAUAGACUUAACUUCUGUAGGAUUUUGUCAAGAUACUUGAAAGGAGCAGAUACUCUGCUGAUUCCCGAGGAUUCAACUCUGUAUGACCUUGUGCAAAUGGGAAUUAAGAGCACUCAUGCGGCUGUUAAUGUCGUAGUGCGACUUAGAAAAGAACUCUCAGUUGUAAAAGAUGUACCAGUGUUGAUUGUAAUUGAUCAAUAUAACAGUUGGUUUACAUUCAGCGAGUUUGAAGAGCCCGUAACACCACGUUCUUGCCGACCUAUACAUGCCAGAGAACUUACAACGGUGAAUGCUUUCAGAAGCAUGAUGCAUGAAGAUAUGAUGGUGGGUGCAUUCUCACAUUCAACUGCAGUAGGAAAACUACGGAAAGACUUGCCAGAUGUUCCAGUUGAUGCUCGUCAGCAAUUCCCACGUUAUUCUUUGGAUGAAGCAGAAGCUGUCUGCUAUUACUACCUUCGGCAAAGACUAGUUCGGCGUGAAGUAUUCACCGAAGAAAACUGGAAGAAGAUAUACUAUCUGGCAAAUGGAAAUGGAGCAGAGAUGCGUUGUUAUCCCGUUAGUUUGGGAGAGAAACUCUUUUCAUUGACCUUUCUGAAUUAAAGGAAGAUUUUUGUUGUUUGAGUUUGUAGUUCUAGGUUUUUGUUGUCUGUAAAACACUGGUUUUGAACCUAAGUUUCUUUCUAAUAAAAUCAGUGCCUCUCA